GCAGAGCAAGAGUAACUUCCAUCACAGUCAAUCUCGGUUCAUCUUGGUUUCAGCCAAAUAAGUACAGUACGAUCUGUGUAGAGGUACAGGUGAUUGCACAGUCUGGAUUAAUACACUACGUUUUAUUCCUAAAAAUCUGUCUAAUCGGUAAUCUACUCGGUCCCAGAUGGCAGCACAGUGUGUAACAAAGGUGGAGCUGAGUGUCUCCUGUGACAACCUCCUGGAUAAAGAUGUGGGCUCCAAGUCUGACCCUCUGUGUGUGCUGCUCAUGAACACAUCAGGAACGCAGUGGUUUGAGGUGGGCCGCACAGAACAAGUUCAAAACUGUCUUAGCCCGCAGUUUGCCAAGAAGUUUGUCAUUGAUUAUUACUUUGAGUUGGUGCAGAAAUUGAAGUUUGGUGUUUAUGACGUUGACAAUAAAACGAUUGACCUCAGCGAUGAUGACUUUCUUGGAGAAAUUGAAUGCACUGUGGGACAGAUUGUGUCAAGCAAGAAACUGAUUCGACCACUUGUUUUAAAGAAUCAGAAGCCUGCAGGGAAAGGAACAAUUUCAAUUACUGCAGAGGAAAUAAAGGACAACAAAGUGGUUAAUUUCGAGGUGGAAGCCAGAAAACUCGAUAAUAAGGAUUUGUUUGGCAAAUCAGACCCUUACUUGGAGUUCUACAAGCAAACUGACGGAGGAUGGCAGCUGGCACAUAGAACAGAAGUCAUCAAAAAUAACCUGAACCCUGCUUGGAAACCAUUCAAAAUACCUAUGCGGUCUCUUUGCAAUGGCGACUUGGAGAAGCCCAUCAAGGUGGAGUGCUAUGAUUAUGAUAAUGAUGGCUCACAUGAUCUGAUUGGAAUUUUUGAGACUAACCUAUCAAAACUGCAAGAAGCUUCACGAACUACACCAGCUGAAUUUGAAUGUAUUAACAUGAAGAAGAAGCAGAAGAAGAAACACUACAAAAAUUCUGGAGUUGUUAGUGUCAAAUCUUGCCAGGUUGUGAAGGAGUAUACAUUCUUAGAUUACAUCAUGGGUGGAUGCCAGAUUAAUUUUACUGUUGGAAUAGAUUUCACUGGGUCUAAUGGGGACCCUCGGUCACCAGAGUCCCUUCACUACAUUAGUCCUCAGGGACUUAAUGAAUAUCUCAUGGCCAUCUGGUCUGUUGGGUUGGUGAUUCAGGAUUAUGAUAGUGACAAAAUGUUCCCGGCUUUUGGGUUUGGUGCCCAGAUACCACCAUCUUGGCAGGUAUCACAUGAGUUUCCAUUAAACUUCAAUCCAGCCAACCCAUUCUGUGCAGGGAUACAGGGAGUAGUGGAUGCUUACAGAGUCUGCCUUCCUCAAGUGAAGCUGUAUGGACCAACUAAUUUCUCUCCAAUAAUAAACCACGUUGCCAAGUUUGCUUCAGAAGCAGCACAACAGAACUCUGCAGCCAAGGCUGCCACUCAAUAUUUUGUCCUCCUGAUCAUUACUGAUGGCGUAAUAACAGACUUGGAUGAAACCAGGAAUGCUAUUGUAAACGCUUCGAGGCUUCCCAUGUCAGUCAUCAUUGUUGGUGUGGGAGGAGCAGACUUCAGUGCCAUGGAGUUUCUGGACGGAGACGACGGGACUCUCAGAUCACCCACUGGCCAACCAGCUAUCCGAGAUAUUGUGCAGUUUGUGCCUUUCCGGAAAUUCCAAAAUGCCCCCAAAGAAGCUCUUGCCCAAUGUGUAUUGGCAGAAGUGCCUCAGCAAGUGACGACCUAUUUCAACAUGAACAACCUCCGUCCUCCCAAUGACCCUACCCCUGCUGCAAGUUCAUGAGGAAGCAUGACUCUUAUGCCCUGCAGAGCAAACAAACAAAUAUUCUUAACAAGUAUGGCUGUUUUUCUGAGUACAAGUAAUACACAACUCAUUUCCUUAUUACUCGUAUUCGGGGGGGUGGGGACAAAAAAAUCUAUGUAAAUAAUGCUUUGAAUCAGCUACUGGUUCCAAUAGGAUAGUGACAACUGUCAAUCUCAAGUCUGGAGCCAAUCCAGUGGGGGACCGAGGAGGGAAAUUAGCACGCAGUCUAAGUGGUUGAAUUCUUUCAUACAUACUCUUUCUAAAAACACAUUAUUUUAAAAGAAAGUUUUUUAUUUUAUUUUUUAAUUCAUAUUAGGCCCUAGGUUUAUUUAACCCUUGUUUAAUCCAUGUGCUUGUAAAAUAACUUUGCACACACACACGCUAUUGUACAUAGUCAAAUUAUUAUUCUUUAUUUUUUUUGAUAAAGAUAUUUUCCACGCCUAUUUUUUUCAUGAGUUGUGUGCCUUGUUUGAAGGGCAAUGCAUUGUAUUUUCAUCUCUUAUUUUUCACGACAACGUAGAUGCAUCUUUUCACAAGUAUGUUUUUUGGAAAACGUGUGUGUUUGUGCAUUUUUGAGGUUACAUAUUCAAUAAGCACCCAUUAACCUAAUAUUAAAAAAACAAAAAAAAACAAAUGACACUCAAAUAAUAAAUAGUAUGUCUUGUCUUAGUUUAUCUUCUCUGAUUUAUCUCAUCAUACUUUACUGUGCACUGAAGUGCACCCCUCCAAUCACAACAAUAGCUAGUAAAAAAACACAAGUAAAUAAAUACAUCUUGAAGAUUUGCAAUCUGCUCUAAGUGGUCUCCAUUUUAACUGUCUGCAUUAAUCGCCACACCCAUCACAGAUACCUCAUAUAAUUUAGUAGUACAUGUUAAUAAAUCUUGCUCAACAAAAGUAAAAUUGACACAUUAGAACUUGAAAACGAUAAACAAAAAAAGUGCAAUAAACAUUAAAGCACUGUAUGGUCCAUUUCUGAGUGAAAUGCAUUUUAUGAACGUUGUUAGCCUCGCCCACUUCCGCUGAUGUCACCCGAGUCUGAAUAAGUAUUGUUUUUUGAGUAUGAUUGCAAGUACUGGGCAGCAGUGUGGAGUAAUGGUUAGGGCUCUGGGCUCUUGACCGGAGGGUCGUGGGUUCAAUCCCAGGUGGGGGACGCUGCUGCUGUACCCUUGAACAAGGUACUUUACCUAGAUUGCUCCAGUAAAAACCCAACUGUAUAAAUGGGUAAUUGUAUGUAAAAAUAAUGUUAUAUCUUGUAACAAUGUAAGUCGUCCUGGAUAAGGGUGUCUGCUAAGAAAUAAAUAAAAUAAAGUACUGUAAUGGGUUUUUUGCACACACAUAAUUCAUGGUGUAAUCCAUGUUCAACAAUCACAAAACAUGCAUCCAACUUUGCUGAUUAAAUCAUAUUUGUGAUAGUUUUAAGAUUUAAACUGCAUAUUUUGUAUAUUAUGUGUUUUAAGUGCCAAUUAGUAUAGAAAACUACUCUGUAAUGCUUAAGGGUGGUUUGUGAUUGGAUAUUCAUAUCUGCAAACCCUGGACUCAAGUGUUAAAUCAUUGGGCUGCUUGUAUAGUAUGCCAAUUUCCUAGCAUAGUUUACAGAAACAAAUGUAAACAUCUGUAAAGAAACUAAUAUGUUAAAUAAAGACUACCAGUAAUAAUAUUCAAAUAUAUAUUUCAGUAAAGUGUCAUGAAAAUAAAAUCAUGUAAUAAUCUUUCAUAAACAUUUAAUAUUGAAGUAACGUGCCAUGACUUUCAAGUAAAAGUCUUUCUUGAGACUUUCUCUCCUGCUGAAGCAAACCAUGUCAUUCAGUUUAAAGGUGUUAUGUUCUUUUGUCAAAUAAAACAAAUUGGUUUGCUUCAAUAAUUUUGUUCACACACUGUGUUAUUUACCAGAAUUAUUGCAACUAGUUUUAGGUUCACUUAGAAAAAUGUAGGUUUCCAAAAUCUCUGAUGGACAACCAGACUUUGUUGACUGUGCCACCUCCUCAAAAAGAAACGGUUUUUAACCCUGACACUCAAUCCAUGUAUGUUUGGAAAGAGAAAGAGAAGUAAACUUGUGUGGUGAUUUAUUUCAACUCGUACUGUUUGUACUGUAAAUAAUCUGUUACACAGGAUAAUCACUUUUAGGACCAGAAACGGAUGACUAAUUAAAUGCUCUCGUCAUUAGUGCAAACAUUAGUUUUUAUACAGUUGUAUUUUUUUUUUUUUUUUUUUUUUUUUUUUUUUUAUAGGCCUUUGCCUUUUAUUAUUAUUUAUUUCUUAGCAGACGCCCUUAUCCAGGGCGACUUACAAUUGUUACAAGAUAUCACAUUAUACAUUAUUUCACAUUAUACAGAUAUCACGUUAUUUUUACAUACAAUUAUCCAUUUAUACAGUUGGGUUUUUACUGGAGCAAUCUAGGUAAAGUACCUUGCUCAAGGGUACAACAGCAGUGUCCCCCACUGGGGAUUGAACCCACAACCCUCUGGUCAAGAGUCCAGAGCCCUAACCACUACUCCACACUGCUGCCCAACGAGACAAUCAGAAUAUCUUGACAGGGAUGUUAUGGAGGUGCUUAUUCAUUCCUGCAUACAGUAUCUCACACUUGAGAUUUUUACAUUCAGCUGCAGGGCCAUUAGUGAUAGUAUUUAGAGGGGCUUAUUCUGUCUUUCUGCAUGCAUUAUAUAUGUAUGUCACACUUACAAUUCUACAUAUAUCUACCAAUUAACCACUUAUCUAAUAAUGAUACAAAAGGAGAUUAUCAGUACACUCACUGGCAGCUUCAACCGUGUAGCUCCUCUUAAUGUGACAUCACAUGUAUCCCAUAUACAUUUUGACACAUGUAUACAAUAUAGGUUGGUCAUAGUGAUCUACGUUUUCAAUUUGUAGAACAUCAGUGUGGCGUAUAAACUGAUUAGAGCUUUUCAUAUCUCUUUUUAUUAAAGCAUUAUAUAACACGUCCAGUAGACCACAUGUGUGGUUGUAAGUUUUCCAAAAUGAACUAUUUACAUUUUCUGUACUACAGUAAUUUAUACUAACUAUUGAGGAUGAUAACACUGUUUCCAGUUAAGAAUGUUUGCUACAAGGGUUGUCGGGACAAAAGAAAACUCCAUAAAACACCCACUGGACUAUGUUGUAUUGUAAGUGUUUGUAAUUCAGAUGUUAUGAUAAACUAAGUGAAAUUGCCCAUCUAAUAUACUGUAUAGUAUGCAGUAUAUACUGUCAUUCUUAUUAGGUUAAGAGCUGUCCAUGUUACAUUCCCAGAUUAUUGUCUAUGAUCUUGAUAUGAAUUCAUCUUGAACAGUCAUUUCAAUUAGAGUUGCAACAUGCAGUACUAAAACAUUUCUCCAGUUCUUGUUCAUAUUGUUACCAAUAUGAACAGGAUUUUAUGUCCUAUACUGUACUAUACAAUAUGACAGUUCUCAACUCUUUUAGUUAUUUGACUAUGUAAAUAGAACAUCUGAAUUUGAGACAAUCAAGUGAAAUAGAAAUGUCCAAAAAUUACUUAUUCCUUUCAGUUUUCAUCUGUAUUGUAUUUGUAUUUAGCAGUAUGGCUUAUAGCUUUUUGUAUUGAAAAAAUGGGAUGGGAUUUACUAUGUCGGAUAAAAACUAUGACAAAUGAACAAUGAGAGCAUAAUAGUGGCUUUGCUACAUUUUAUUAAAUGUGUAAUAUGCUUAGGGGCUGUUAAGCCAGACUCUAAUAUACAUUAUAUACUGUAUUGCUGCACAUUAUUAUACAUAUUACUGCACUUGUUCAAACAAAUAAAAUCUAAUUACAAACUUGUUUUUA